UUAGGGUUACUAUCAGUUAAGAAUUUGCCCCUCUAUCCUUUCUCCAUUUAAGCGCAACUCUCCAUCUCUAUCACCUUAAUAUUCCUCUUCCAUUUUCUUCUUCCUCUACCCCCAUUGAACUUCAAGAACUCAUAAAGCAAAAUAAAGAUGUCGACAGUACUAAGCAUUCUUUUCUUAGCAAUUCUCUUCAUUAUUGGACUUAUCAUAACUCUUUUAAAUUUCCCAAAAGAAAAGUUCCAAACAUGGAUUCAAUCAAUCUCUCUAAAAUCUCCACCUCUCCAUGAGAAGAGCAUAAGUACAACAUGUUCAACCUCAAGAAGUAUGGAUGAAAAGAAGAUGAAAAACAGCAGCAUCAAAAGCACAAGCUCUAACAAUUACAAGCUUGAAUUGAGAAGUAUUUUUGCAACUUUUGACAAGAAUAAUGAUGGUUACAUAACCAAGCAAGAAUUGAAGUUAUCUCUAAAGAAUAUUGGGAUUUUCAUUGAGGAUAAAGAUAUUGUUGAUAUGGUUGAGAAAGUUGAUUCCAACAAUGAUGGUUUAAUUGAUCUUGAUGAGUUCUAUCAACUUUGCCACACUUUCUUGGGAACAGAGACAGUGAAUGAAGGAGAAAUGAAUGAAGAAGAAGAAGAAGCAAACAGAGAGAAAGAUCUUAAGGAUGCUUUUGAUGUGUUUGAUUAUGAUAAAGAUGGAUUAAUAUCAGAAGAAGAAUUGAGUAAGAUUCUUUCAUCUUUAGGGUUGAGACAAGGGAAGAAGUUGGAUUAUUGUAAGGAGAUGAUAAGGAAAGUUGAUGUGGAUGGAGAUGGAAUGGUGAAUUUUGAUGAGUUCAAAAAGAUGAUCAAAGGUUGUGGAACUCUUGUUCCAAUUUCUUGAGCAAUCAUGCAAAAUUAACCCUCCUUUUCUAUAUCUUCUCAAGGCUUUUCAAGAAACCAAUUAUUGAAAAAUGACCUUUGUUGCAAGCUAUGCAAAACUCUAGUAGUCUCCAUUAUGGUUUGGUUAGAAAACCAAAGAUAUUUGUAUGCAUGAUAGUAUAUUUAGUUUCUCUUAAAACUAUUUCAAAUUAAGUUGCUUCUGUUAGCAAUUAGAUAUGACUCUUUCCUCUUUUUUAUCGUCCGGCCAGCUUACCUGUAUAUUGGAAGUUUGCACCAACUUUAUCGAUCACUAUGCCACACAGUAUUUCUUUUGUUUU